CGGGCGUGACGUCGUCUUGGUGUUGUUGCUGAGGCCGCACGUGGUCGACGGAGUCCGCCUCAGACUCCGCUGUGCUCCGCGUCCACAGCACCAGCUACUGCCUUCCUCCUCGUCCCGCUCGCUAUGUCCACAUCCACGAGCUGCCCGAUUCCCGGGGGCAGAGACCGGCUGCCGGACUGCUACAGCACCACGCCGGGGGGCACGCUCUACGCAACUACCCCGGGAGGCACCAGGAUCAUCUACGACCGAAAGUUCCUGCUGGAGUGCAAGAACUCACCCAUUGCCCGGACGCCCCCCUGCUGCCUCCCUCAGAUUCCCGGAGUCACAACUCCAACAGUCCUACGCUCCAAGCUGGAGGAGCUGAAGGAGCAGAAGGAGACAGAGGAAGAGAUACCCGAUGACGCACAAUUUGAAAUGGACAUCUAAUCCAGUGCAGAUGGCUCGUAUGUGGAGUUAGAGGAAUCCCUCAUGCUGCUGCUGCCACCCUCUCUUCCUGGGGUUAUCCAAAGGCCUGCUGGCCUCAUCUAAUUUGGAAGGGAGUAACUUGGUUUAGGCCUCCCUUAAUUCUGGGGCAGCUAGACCAGGGACAGGAGCGGGCAACUUGACAAGCCCUUAGCUCUACUUUCUCUUUGGUUUGUAGGCACUCCUUUCAACCCUUAGCCCUCCAUGCUCAGGGGCUGAGGCAAGGACUGGGGGACGGAGUGUGUCACUUUCUUACUGCUUAGUAAACAUUCAAAGAAA